AUGGCAGAAGGUGGAGAGGGAGAGGAGGAAAUUCAGUUCUUACGAACGGAUGAUCAGGUUGUUCUUCAGUGUACAGCCACCAUCCUGAAAGAACAGAUUAAACUCUGUCUGUCCUGUGAGGGAUUUGGGAAUCGCUUGUGUUUUCUGGAAACUACAUCUAAUGCCCAGAAUGUUCCACCGGAUCUGGCAAUAUGCGUCUUUAUUCUGGAGCAGUCUUUAUCUGUUCGGGCCCUUCAGGAAAUGCUGGCUAACACGACUGAGCUUAAUGAGUCAUCACAAGGCGGAGGUCACCGGACGUUGUUGUACGGCCACGCCAUCCUGCUCAGACACACACACUCAAGCAUGUAUCUCAGCUGUUUGACGACAUCCAGGUCGCUCACAGACAAGCUGGCCUUUGAUGUAGGCCUGCAAGAAGACUCGACAGGUGAAGCAUGCUGGUGGACUAUUCACCCAGCAUCCAAGCAGAGGUCAGAAGGUGAGAAGGUCAGGGUGGGUGAUGACCUCAUUCUGGUCAGUGUGUCUUCAGAGAGAUAUCUGCACCUUUCUUACGCCAGUGGAGACCUCAUGGUUGACGCCUCCUUCAUGCAAACUCUUUGGAACAUGAACCCUGUGUGUUCUGGAUGUGAGCUGGCAGAGGGGUUUCUGACUGGCGGGCAUGUUUUACGUCUUUUCCACGGCCACAUGGAUGAGUGUUUAGCUAUUCCCGCCGCUGACCAGGGAGACGACCAGAGACGAAAUGCGCACUAUGAAGGCGGUGCAGUAUGCAGCCAAGCUAGGUCUCUGUGGAGGCUAGAGCCUCUUCGGAUUGGAUGGAGCGGUAGCCACAUGAAGUGGGGUCAGUCCUUUAGAGUCCGUCACAUCACCACUGGCAGGUAUCUGUGUCUGGAUGAGGAGAAAGGGCUCUUGCUUGUGGACCCGGAAAAAGCCAAAACGAAGAACUCUGCCUUCUGUUUCCGUUUAUCAAAGGAGAAGACUGAGGUGGCUCAGAAGCGUGAUGUUGAGGGUAUGGGGAUUCCAGAGAUAAAGUAUGGCGAGUCUAUGUGUUUCGUUCAGCACGUAUCCACCAGUCUGUGGCUUACGUAUGCCUCAGUAGAUGCCAAGUCUGCUCGCCUGGGGCCAUUAAAGAGGAAGGCUAUACUGCAUCAGGAAGGUCAUAUGGACGACGCGCUGACCGUGGCACGUUCACAGACAGCAGAGUCUCAGGCUGCAAGAAUGAUCUACAGCACAGCUGGACUCUUUACACAGUUCAUCAAGGGUCUGGACUCACUAAGCGGGAAGAAUAAAACUCCGGGUCAAUCCAUGUCUCUGCCUCUGGACUCUGUGGUCCUUUCUUUGCAGGAUCUCAUCUUUUAUUUCCGUCCUCCAGAGGAGGAGCUUGAACAUGAGGAGAAGCAAACCAAACUGCGCUCAUUAAGGAACCGUCAGAAUUUAUUCCAGGAGGAGGGCAUGAUCUCACUUGUGCUGGACUGCGUUGAUCGGUUGAACGUCUACAACACAGCAGCACACUUCUCUGAGUUUGCUGGGGAAGAGGCGGGCGAUUCCUGGAGAGAGAUAGUCAACUUAUUUUAUGAGCUGCUGGCAUCUCUGAUCAGAGGAAACAGGGCAAACUGUGCUUUGUUCUGUGAUAAUUUGGAUUGGUUGGUCAGCAAACUGGACCGUUUAGAGGCGUCCUCAGGUAUUCUGGAGGUGCUAUAUUGCAUUCUGAUUGAAAGUCCUGAAGUGCUUAACAUCAUCCAAGAAAACCACAUCAAAUCCAUCAUCGCACUUUUGGACAAACAUGGACGUAAUCACAAGGUUCUGGAUGUGCUGUGCUCUUUGUGCGUUUGUAAUGGUGUGGCCGUGAGGUCUAAUCAGAAUCUGAUCACUGAGAAUCUGCUUCCGGGUCGGGAUCUCCUCUUGCAGACCAACAUUAUCAAUUAUGUCACCAGUAUGAGACCCAAUAUUUUUCUGGGAACAUGUGAAGGUUCAACGCAGUAUAAGAAGUGGUACUACGAAAUAAUAGUAGACCACGUGGAUUCGUUCCUGACCCCGCAGGCAUGUCAUCUUCGUGUGGGCUGGGCUUUGACAGAGGGCUACAGUCCUUAUCCUGGAGGUGGAGAGGGAUGGGGAGGCAACGGUGUGGGAGAUGAUCUUUACUCGUAUGGUUUUGAUGGGCUAAACCUGUGGACAGGUCGUGUUCCACGUCAGGUGACCUCACCCAGUCAGCACAUCCUCGCACCUGAGGACGUGGUGAGCUGCUGUUUGGAUCUGAGCGUACCGAGUAUCUCCUUCCGCAUCAAUGGACAUCCCGUUCAAGGCAUGUUUGAGAACUUCAAUCUGGAUGGUCUCUUCUUCCCUGUGGUCAGCUUCUCAGCUGGCAUUAAGGUUCGCUAUCUUCUCGGUGGACGACAAGGAGACUUCAAAUUUCUUCCUCCUCCAGGUUACGCUCCAUGCUAUGAAGCAGUUCUCCCCAAAGACAGACUGCGGAUCGAGCCCAUUAAAGAAUACAAGCAUGACUUUGACGGCGUCCGGAACCUUCUGGGGCCAACCCAGUCUCUGUCACACACUGCCUUCACUCCCUAUCCUGUCGACACCGUGCAGAUUGUUCUCCCACCUCAUCUAGAGCGUAUUAGAGAGAAACUGGCUGAGAAUAGCCACGAGCUGUGGGCCGUCACCCGUAUCGAGCAGGGCUGGACAUAUGGACCAUUUCGAGAUGACAAUAAGAAGCUUCAUCCAUGUCUAGUGGACUUCCAGGGUCUCCCGGAACCAGAGAAGAACUACAACCUGGCCAUGUCCGGAGAGACAUUGAAGACCCUUCUGGCUUUGGGAUGUCAUGUAGGCAUGGGUGAUGAGAAAGCCGAGGAGAACCUGAAAAAGAUCAAACUACCCAAGACAUAUAUGCAGAGCAAUGGAUAUAAACCUGCACCUUUGGACCUCAACCAUGUGAAACUGACACCAAAUCAGAACACGCUAGUGGAAAGACUGGCUGAGAAUGGACACAAUGUCUGGGCUCGUGAUCGGGUUCGCCAAGGCUGGACUUACAGCAUCAUUCAGGACAUUGUGAACAAACGUAACCCCCGUCUCGUACCAUACAAUCUUCUGGAUGAGAAGACGAAAAAGACCAAUCGUGAUACAGUUUGCGCUGCUGUACGGACUCUCAUAGGCUAUGGCUACAAUAUUGAACCACCUGACCAGGAGAGUGGUCAUGGUCCCGGCAGCGGUCGGAGCGAUAAGAUCCGUCUGUUCAGAGCGGAGAAAUCCUACGCUGUUACCCAAGGAAAAUGGUACUUUGAGUUUGAAGCGGUGACGGUGGGCGAGAUGAGAGUCGGUUGGGCGAGACCCAGCGUUCAUGCAGACAGAGAGCUAGGAUCUGAUGACCUGGCCUAUGUCUUCAAUGGAUGCAGGGCUCAACGGUGGCACAUUGGGAAUGAGCCGUUUGGCCGACAGUGGCAGCCUGGAGAUGUGGUGGGCUGCAUGAUAGACCUGACAGAGCAGAACAUCAUGUUUACUCUUAAUGGAGAAAUGCUGAUCAGUGAUUCUGGGUCUGAGAUGGCCUUCAAAGACAUUGAGAUUGGAGAGGGCUUCAUUCCUGUGUGCAGUCUUGGACAAUCUCAGGUGGGUCGUAUCAACCUUGGGCAGAAUGUGAGCAGUCUGCGUUACUUCACAAUCUGCGGCCUGCAGGAAGGGUUUGAACCAUUCGCUAUCAACAUGAAGAGAGAUAUCACCAUGUGGUUCAGCAAAAGCCUGCCCCAGUUUGUACCUGUCCCUACAGACCAUCCACAUCUUGAGGUGUCCCGUGUGGACGGAACAGUAGAUAGCGCCCCCUGUCUAAAACUCACCCACAGGACAUACGGAUCCCAGAACGCCAACACAGAUCUCAUGUUCUUUAGACUCAGCAUGCCUAUAGAAUUCCAUGAGACCUUCAAGGUCCCGGUGGGGGCCUCACCUCUGACCCGCACCCUAACUAUCCCAGAGGAUGAAACUCUUGAGGUGGACCCUGAAUCAGAGUUUGAGCUUCUGAAGAAGUCGGCCACUCGCAAAGAGCAAGAUGAAAAAGAGAAAGAGCCAUCUGUCCCGAAAGAGCUUCCUGGGAAUAAAGAGGGAGAGAAUGAGAAGGACACCACCACAGAGAAGAGCAAAAAAAAAGGGUUCUUUUCCAAAGCUAAGAGGGCAGCAUUAUCCCAGGCUCCCGUGGUUCCUACAGUUCCCCGACUGAUAGAGGACGUUGUACCAGAUGACCGAGACGAUGCUGAAAUCAUCGCAAACACAACAACUUAUUAUUAUUCAGUCCGGAUAUUUGCAGGCCAGGAGCCCAGCGGAGUGUGGGUAGGCUGGGUUACUCCUGACUACCACCUAUAUGAUCUACACUUUGAUCUUGGCAAAGUCCGAAAUGUAACUGUAACCGUUGGGGAUGACAAAGGCAACAUUCAUGAUAGUGUUAAACGCAGUAACUGCUACAUGGUGUGGGGAGGAGAGUUUGGCGGCUCGCAGCAAACUCGCAUCAGUCAGGAUGACUUUGUGAUUGGUUGCUUGGUGGACCUGGACACAGGACUCAUGACUUUCGCAGCCAAUGGGAAGGAAAUCAACACUUUCUACCAGGUGGAACCCAACACUAAGCUGUUUCCUGCUGUGUUUUGUUUGCCGUCCAGCCAGAACAUGUUACAAGUGGAACUGGGCAAAUUAAAGAACAUUAUGCCCAUCUCUGCAGCCAUGUUCCGCAGUGACCAUAAGAAUCCAGUUCCUCAAUGUCCUCCCAGGUUAGAUGUCCAGAUGCUGACUCCAGUCAUAUGGAGCCGGAUGCCAAAUCACUUUUUGGCCCCUGAAACAGGCCGUGUGAGUGAGAGGCAGGGGUGGAAAGUUCAGUGUUCUGAACCUCUCAUUAUGAUGGCACUGCAUAUUCCUGAGGAGAACAGAUGUCUUGAUAUCUUGGAACUUUCAGAGCGCAUUGACCUGAUGACGUUCCAUUACCACACACUGAAGCUGUACGGCUCAGUCUGCGCUCUGGGCAACAAUCGUGUUGCUCAUGCCCUCUGUAGUCACGUUGACGAAUUGCAGCUCUUCUAUGCUAUUGAGAACACCUACCUGCCCGGUCCCAUCCGCAGUGGCUACUAUGACCUGCUCAUCUCCAUGCAUCUCGAGUCUGCCAAACGCAACCGUCUCAUGACCAAUAAGGAGUUCAUCGUGCCCAUGACGGAUGAGACACGGAGCAUCACUCUAUACUCGGACGCUGAGAAGGCUCAUGCGCUGCCAGGUGUUGGACUUACCACCUGCCUGCGGCCCAAGCUACACUUUGCCCCCACAGGGUUUGUGGGCACCAAUGCAGACCUCUACACCCUCAGCCCCUUCUAUCCUCUCCAGAUGCUCAAGGACCACGCCCUCAGCAUGCUUACAGAAGCAGUGCAGGACGGAGGACAGGCCAUGCGUGAUCCCGUAGGGGGCAGCGUCGAGUUCCACUUUGUGCCAAUCCUGAAGCUAAUCAGCACCCUGCUCAUAAUGGGCGUGUUUGACGACAGUGACGUAAAACACAUCCUGAAGCUCAUCGAGCCGUCUGUGUUCACUGACGGUGAAAAUCCAGCUGAAGACCCAGAGGCGACCAAAUCCGGAGGUGCAGAGAAACAGCUGGCCUGCAAAGAAGAAGGGAUGGAGGUCAAAGAGGUAGAGGGCGACAACCGGGGAGAGCUGAUGGAUGAAGGUGUGGGAGAGGAAGAAGAGGAUGAGGAAUUUGAGCCUGAUGAGGAAGAGGAAUAUGAAGAGGAGGCGGAAACAGGAGAGGAAGAUGAACAUGCUGCGGAAAAAACAGACCGGGAGAAAGUGGCCGAUACAGAGAGGCAGAAGGAGGCUGCUGUAGAAGAAGCAGAGGUGAAGGAAGAGGAAGAUGUGGGAGAAGGACUUCUGCACAUGAAGCUUCCUGAAUCUGUUAAACUUCAGAUGUGUACCUUACUGCAGUAUUUCUGUGACUGUGAGCUGCGUCACCGAGUGGAAGCCAUUAUCGCUUUCUCAGACAAAUUUGUCAACCACGUGCAAACCAAUCAGAGGCAGCGUUAUAAUGAGCUCAUGCAGGCCUUCACAAUGAGUGCUGCCGAAACUGCCCGCAAGACCCGUGAGUUUCGCUCACCCCCACAGGAACAGGUAAACAUGCUAAUGAACUUCAAGAACUGUCCGGAGGUAGAAGAUUGUCCCGUUCCAGAGGAAGUCCGAAAUGAUUUGCUGACCUUCCACCAUGACCUGUUAGCUCACUGCGGUGUACAUAUUGAAGAAGAAGAAGAGGAAGAGCAGGUGGACACUUCUCUCCGUGGACGUCUUUUAAGACUGGUGAUGAAAGUGAAGAACUUACGAAAGAAGCCAGAGGCUGAGCCUGAACCUGAAGAAGAAGUGAAACCCAGUACUCUACAGGAGUUGAUUUCUCACACUAUGAUCCACUGGGCUCAGGAGUCUUUCAUUCAGAACCCUGAGCUUGUGCGGCUGAUGUUCAGUUUGUUACAUCGGCAGUACGACGCCCUGGGUGAGCUGAUCCGAGCGCUGCCCAAAGCCUACAUCAUCAACGCUGUGUCCGUGCAGGACACCAUGGAAUUGCUGGAAUGUCUGGGACAAAUCCGAUCCCUGUUGAUUGUUCAGAUGGGACCAGAAGAAGAGAGACUGAUGAUUCAAAGUAUCGGAAACAUCAUGAGCAACAGAGUCUUUUACCAGCACCCAAACCUCAUGAGAGCUUUGGGAAUGCACGAGACCGUCAUGGAGGUCAUGGUGAAUGUCCUUGGAGGUGGAGAUUCCAAGGAGAUCCGGUUCCCUCGUGUGGUGACCAACUGCUGUCGGUUCUUGUGUUACUUCUGUCGUAUAAGCAGGCAGAAUCAGCGCUCCAUGUUUGAUCAUCUGGGAUAUCUCCUGCAGAACAGCGGCAUCGGGCUUGGAAUGCGUGGCUCCACUCCUCUCGAUGUUGCUGCUGCAUCUUGUAUCGAUAACAAUGAGCUUGCGCUGGCUCUCCAGGAACAAGACCUUGAGAUGGUGGUGAAGUACCUGGCAGGUUGUGGUCUGCAGAGCUGCCCCAUGCUCUUAUCAAAAGGAUACCCAGAUAUAGGGUGGAACCCUUGUGGAGGAGAGAAGUACCUGGAUUUCCUCCGAUUUGCUGUAUUCGUUAAUGGAGAGAGCGUGGAAGAGAAUGCUAACGUUGUGGUUCGGCUGUUAAUCAGGAGGCCUGAAUGUUUUGGACCCGCCUUGAGAGGAGAGGGAGGGAACGGCCUUCUCGCUGCGAUUGAAGAAGCCAUUAAGAUCUCAGAGGAUCCAGCAAGAGAUGGACCCACUGUUAAGAAAGACAGACGCUUCCCAAUGUUUGGAGGAGAGGAGCAACACGAGGAGAACAGAGUGCACCUUGGAAACGCCAUUAUGUCCUUCUACUCUGCUCUUAUUGAUCUGCUGGGUCGCUGUGCUCCUGAGAUGCACUUGAUUCAGGCUGGUAAAGGUGAAGCUUUGAGAAUCAGGGCUAUUCUUAGGUCUCUGGUGCCCAUUGAGGAUCUAGUUGGUGUGAUCAGCUUGUCAGUCCAAAUACCUGCUUUUGGAAAAGAUAACAGCAUCAUUGAGCCAAAGAUGUCUGCAAGUUUUGUGCCUGAUCAUAAGGCACCCAUGGUUCUGUUCCUGGACAGAGUCUACGGAAUUGACAACCAAGACUUCUUGUUGCACGUAUUAGAAGUGGGCUUCCUUCCAGACAUGAGAGCAGCAGCUUCUUUGGACACAGCUGCCUUCAGCACUACAGAGAUGGCACUGGCUCUUAACCGUUACCUUUGUUCCGCUGUGCUUCCUCUGAUCACCAAAUGCGCUCCUCUGUUUGCUGGCACUGAGCACCGCGCCAUCAUGAUCGACUCCAUGCUCCACACCAUCUACAGGCUUUCACGGGGCCGCUCGUUUACCAAAGCUCAGAGAGAUGUUAUUGAGGAAUGCCUCAUGUCCUUAUGCAGGUACUUGCGUCCUUCAAUGCUUCAGCACCUUCUUAGGCGACUGGUGUUUGAUGUGCCGAUUUUAAACGAGUAUGCCAAAAUGCCUCUUAAGCUGCUUACAAAUCAUUACGAGCGCUGUUGGAAGUACUAUUGCUUGCCCAACGGCUGGGCUAACUUUGGCGUAUCAUCGGAGGAGGAGCUUCAUCUCACCCGUAAACUCUUUUGGGGGAUUUUUGAAUCUCUGGCUCACAAGAAAUUUGAUGCAGAGCUGUUUAAAAUCGCCAUGCCCUGCAUAUGCGCCAUCGCUGGAGCAAUUCCUCCAGAUUAUGUGGAUGCCAGCUACUCAUCCAAAACCGAGAAGAAAGCUUCAGUUGAUGCUGAGGGCAACUUUGACCCUAAACCAGUGGAAACCACAAACACCAUCAUACCUGAGAAAUUGGAUGGUUUUAUGAACAGAUAUGCAGAAUACACUCAUGACAAAUGGGCUUUUGAAAAGAUCCAAAAUAACUGGACAUUCGGCGAGGUGCUGGAUGAAAAUGCCAAGACCCAUCCCAUGCUCAGACCUUACAAAACAUUCUCUGAAAAGGAUAAAGAAAUCUACCGCUGGCCCAUUAAAGAGUCAGUCAAGGCUAUGAUUGCUUGGGAGUGGACACUAGACAAAGCCAGAGAUGGAGAUGAUGAUAAAACAGAGAAGAAGACAGCUCGUAAGAUAUCACAGACUGCACAGGCGACCUAUGACCCCAGUCAUGGCUACAGCCCUCAGCCCAUUGACAUUUCAGGCAUGACACUGUCUAGAGAGCUUCAGUCCAUGGCAGAGCAGCUUGCAGAGAACUAUCACAACACCUGGGGACGCAAGAAAAAAAUGGAGCUACAAACAAAAGGAGGAGGAACACACCCUUUGCUUGUGCCCUAUGAUACGCUGACAGCUAAGGAAAAGGCCCGAGACAGAGAGAAAGCAUAUGAACUUCUCAAGUUUCUCCAGCUAAAUGGAUAUUCUGUGACAAGGGGGCUGAAGGAUAUGGAGAGCGAUAUUUCAUCUAUUGAGAAGCGUUUUGCGUAUGGCUUUCUACAGAAGCUGCUCAAGUGGAUGGACAUUGCCCAGGAAUUCAUAGCACAUCUUGAGGCAGUUGUGAGCAGCGGCCGUGUGGAAAAGUCGCCACAUGAGCAAGAGAUCAAGUUCUUUGCCAAGAUUCUUCUGCCUUUGAUAAACCAGUAUUAUAAAAAUCACUGCCUCUACUUCCUCUCCACACCAGCCAAAAUCCUAGGCAGUGGCGGACAUGCCUCCAACAAAGAAAAAGAGAUGAUUGCAAGUAUCUUUUGUAAGAUGUCUGCCCUGGUGAGACACAGGGUGUUUCUCUUUGGUACGGAUGCUCCCGCUAUUGUCAACUGUCUCCAUAUUCUUGCACGGUCACUUGAUGCCAGAACUGUGAUGAAAUCCGGACCUGAGAUUGUUAAGGCAGGGCUGCGAUCUUUCUUCGAGAGCGCUGCUGAUGACAUCGAAAAGAUGGUGGAAAACCUCAAACUUGGGAAAGUGUCCAAAGGCAAUCAGCCAGUGAAAGGUGUGUCCCAGAAUAUCAACUACACCACGACGGCUUUGCUCCCUGUGCUCACGUCACUGUUCGACCACAUCGCUCAGCAUCAGUUUGGAGACGAUGUUAUCCUGGAUGAUUUGCAGAUGUCCUGCUACAGAAUCAUGUGUAGUAUUUAUUCUCUUGGUACUGUGAAGACUCCACAUGCAGAGAGACAAAGACCAGCUCUAGGAGAAUGCCUCGCACAUCUCGCCAAUGCCAUGCCUGUAGCCUACCUGGAGCCCCAUCUUAAUGAAUACAAUGCAUUUUCAGUGUACACUACCAAGACGCAAAGAGAAAGAUCAAUCCUGGGCCUUCCCAACCACGUCAAGGAACUGUGUUUGGACAUUCCUGAGCUAGACAUCCUCAUGAAAGAGAUCGGAGAUCUGGCCGAAUCGGGAGCUCGCUAUACAGAAAUGCCACAUGUGAUCGAGAUCACUCUGCCCAUGUUGUGUAACUAUCUUCCUCGUUGGUGGGAAAGAGGACUGGAGAACUUUCCAGAGAUGGAGGGUAACCUGUGUACGGAUGUCACCUCGGAUCAUCUCAACCAGCUCCUGGGAAGCAUCAUGAAAAUAGUGGUCAACAACCUGGGAAUUGACGAAGCCUCCUGGAUGAAAAGACUCGCUGUGUUCUCCCAACCCAUUGUGAGCCGAGCCAAACCCGAGAUGCUAAAAUCACAUUUCAUCCCCACCAUGGAGAAACUGAAGAAGCGGACGUCUAAAGUGGUAGCCGAGGAGGAGCACCUGCGUAUGGAGGGGAAGUCUGAGGGAGACGAGGAGGAAGGGACUAUUCGAGAUGAAUUUGCCGUCCUGUGCAGAGACCUGUACGCUCUCUACCCUCUUCUCAUCCGAUACGUGGAUAACAACAGAGCAAGGUGGCUGACCUGCCCGGACCCUGACGCUGAAGAGUUGUUCCGUAUGGUGGGAGAGGUCUUCAUCUUCUGGUCCAAAUCUCAUAACUUCAAGCGAGAGGAGCAAAACUUUGUGGUGAUGAAUGAAAUUAACAACAUGUCCUUUCUCACUGCUGACAGCAAGAGCAAGAUGAGUAAGACCGGGGACUCUGAGGCCGGUGGCUCUGAUGUAGAGCGUACCAAGAAAAAGAGGCGCGGAGAUCGAUAUUCUGUUCAGACGUCCCUCAUUGUGGCCGCCCUGAAGAAAAUGCUUCCCAUAGGACUCAACAUGUGCUCGCCUGCGGAUCAAGAACUCAUCAACCUGGCCAAGACACGCUAUUCUUUGAAAGACACAGAUGAAGAGGUCCGAGAGUUCUUGCAAAACAACCUCCACCUUCAGGGCAAGGUUGAUAAUCCGUCCAUGCGCUGGCAGAUGGAGCUGUAUAAAGAAAUGGCAGGAAAGGCUGAAGAUGCAGAUGCUCCAGAGAAAGUAGUGAAAAGAGUUCAGGAGGUCUCUGCGGUCCUCUACCACAUUGAAGUGACAGAACAUCCUUUCAAGUCCAAAAAGAUGGUUUGGCACAAACUGCUGUCGAAGCAGCGGCGCAGGGCAGUGGUGGCCUGUUUCAGGAUGACUCCGCUCUACAACCUGCCCAGGCAUAGAGCGUCUAACAUGUUUCUGGAUGGAUACAAGCGGAACUGGAUCCAAACUGAAGGAUAUUCUUUUGAGGACAAAAUGAUUGAUGACCUUUCUAAAGCAUUGGAGGAAAAUGAGGAGGAAGAAGAGGAGAAGGAGACAAAGCCAGAUCCUCUACAUCAGCUCAUUCUUCACUUUAGUCGCACCGCCCUCACUGAGAAGAGUAAACUGGACAUAGAUUAUUUAUACAUGGCAUAUGCUGAUAUCAUGGCUAAGAGUUGCCACAUGGGCGAAGAAGAUGAGGGAGGAGAUGAGGAGGAGGGAGGAGAGGAUGAGAUGCCCUUUGAGGAAAAAGAAAUGGAAAAGCAGAGACUCCUCUACCAGCAGUCACGUCUACACAACCGCGGGGCCGCUGAGAUGGUCCUUCAGAUGAUCAGCGCCUGCAAAGGUGAGACCGGUUGCAUGGUCUCUUCCACCCUAAAGCUUGGUAUUUCUAUUCUCAAUGGAGGAAACUGUGAAGUCCAACAGAAAAUGCUGGACUAUCUGAAAGACAAGAAAGAUGUCGGCUUCUUCCUCAGUGUUCAGGCUCUUAUGCAAACAUGCAGUGUUUUGGACCUGAAUGCCUUUGAGAGGCAGAAUAAAGCUGAGGGUCUAGGUAUGGUGUCAGAGGAGGGAACAAGUGAGAAGGUCAUGGCUGAUGAUGAGUUCACCUGCGACCUCUUCCGCUUCCUGCAGCUACUUUGUGAGGGUCACAACAAUGACUUCCAGAACUACCUGAGAACGCAGACAGGAAGCACAACCACCAUUAAUGUCAUUAUCUGCACUGUGGAUUACCUGCUUAGACUGCAGGAAUCGAUCAGUGAUUUUUACUGGUAUUACUCAGGGAAGGACAUAAUAGAUGAACCAGGCAAGAGGAACUUUUCUAAAGCCAUGACUGUUGCCAAACAGGUGUUCAACAGCCUUACCGAGUACAUACAGGGCCCGUGCACUGGAAACCAGCAGUCCCUGGCCCACAGUCGUCUGUGGGACGCUGUGGUGGGCUUCCUGCAUGUGUUUGCCCAUAUGAUGAUGAAACUGGCUCAGGAUUCCAGUCAGAUUGGACUUCUGAAGGAGCUGUUGGACCUUCAGAAAGACAUGGUGGUCAUGUUGCUGUCUCUCCUGGAGGGUAAUAUUGUAAACGGCACCAUUGCUCGCCAAAUGGUGGACAUGCUUGUGGAAUCUUCUAGUAACGUGGAAAUGAUCCUCAAAUUCUUCGACAUGUUCCUAAAGCUGAAGGACAUUGUUGCGUCUGACGCCUUCCGUGACUACGUGACCGACCCUAGAGGUUUGAUAUCCAAAAAGGACUUUCAGAAAGCCAUGGACAGUCAGAAACAAUACACCCCAUCGGAGAUCCAGUUCUUGUUGUCCUGCUCGGAGGCAGAUGAGAACGAGAUGAUCAAUUACGAAGAGUUCUCCAACCGCUUCCAAGAGCCGGCAAAAGACAUCGGUUUUAACAUCGCUGUGCUGCUAACCAACCUCUCCGAGCACGUCCCACAUGAUACCAGAUUGCAAAACUUCCUCGAACAGGCUGAAAGCGUUUUGAACUAUUUCCGCCCUUUCUUGGGCCGGAUCGAGAUAAUGGGUGCCAGCAGAAAGAUUGAAAGAAUUUAUUUUGAGAUCAGCGAGGUGAAUCGUAAACAGUGGGAGAUGCCUCAGGUGAAAGAGUCCAAGCGUCAGUUCAUAUUUGACGUGGUCAACGAAGGUGGCGAAUCGGAGAAGAUGGAGCUUUUUGUCAACUUCUGUGAGGACACCAUCUUCGAGAUGAACAUCGCUUCGCAGAUUUCCGAGCAGGACGAGGAAGAAAAAGAGGAAGAUGAUGAGGAAGAUGCCGAAGGAGGAGAUGGAGGAGAUGAAGAAGGCGGUGGAGAGGACGGCCAUCAGGAAUCAAGCUCAGCCUUUGCUGAUUUCAUCAAAAGCGUCAUGAAUUUCCUGGGAUUGUUUACCUUUCGUAAUAUUCGCAGACAGUAUCGCAGGCUCAGGAAGAUGACCAUCAAGGAAAUGAUCGUAUGCCUAGCAACUUUCCUCUGGACGAUCCUCAUGGGCAUCCUCCAUUUCAUCUACAGCGUUUGUAAAGGUUUCUUCCUGCUCAUCUGGCAAACUCUGUUUGGAGGUGGUUUAGUCGAAGGGGCCAAAAACAUCACGGUGACCGAGAUACUAGCCAGCAUGCCGGAUCCCACACAGGAUGAGGUGCACGGAGACCUGCCUGGAGAGCCAAGGAGUGGUGAGGAACAGGAAUCGGGAGGAAUAACUGACUCCAUGGACGCAGGAGGUGGAGAGGAAGAAGAUGAAGACAAUCAAGAAAGUGACGGUGGGAAAAUUCCGGGUAUCGAUACGCCUGGUGGGCUUGGAGAUAUGGGUGACACGACCCCCGUGGAACCACCUACUCCAGAGGGCACUCCUUUACUAAAGAGGAAAAUGCAGCCAGAAGAAGCCGGACCUGUGCAACCUCCUCCUAUUGAAGAACCUCCUCCUGAACCAGAGAAAGCAGACACUGAGAAUGGUGAGAAGGUACAGAAGGUAGCAGAAGGCAAGUCUGAGCUGACACCAGAGGAACCAAAACCUGAAAGAGCCACCAAAACCAAGAAGGAAAAGAAACCCGCUAAAGGAGGCGGAUUUGAGCUCUGGAAUGAGCUAGACGUUCAAAGAAAUAAAUUCAUGAACUGUUUGUCCCGCAACUUCUACAACAUUCGAUUCCUGGCUCUGUUCCUCGCCUUUGCCCUCAACUUUAUUCUGCUCUUCUACAAGGUAUCAGAUCGCCCUCCCAAUUUUGAAGACUUGGAAGGCUCGGGUGUCUUUGAAGGCUCUGGACUGUUUGAAGGUUCCGGUGAGGAGUCUGAGGGCUCUGGUGGAGAUGAUUUCGAGGAAGACGAUGAGGAAGGUCCUGUUUAUUUUUUCCUGGAAGAGAGCACAGGAUACAUGCAGCCCACCAUGUCUGGCCUGGCAAUUCUGCACACCGUCAUUGCAUUUAUAACCAUCAUCGGAUACAACUGCCUCAAGAUUCCGCUUGUCAUCUUUAAGAGAGAGAAGGAAUUGGCAAGGAAGCUGGAGUUUGAUGGUCUUUAUAUCACAGAACAGCCGGAGGAUGAUGACAUCAAGGGCCAGUGGGACAGACUGGUACUAAACACACCGUCUUUUCCCACCAACUACUGGGACAAGUUUGUUAAGCGAAAGGUGCUGGAUAAAUAUGGCGAUAUUUAUGGACGUGAGCGAAUUGCUGAGCUGUUGGGGAUGGAUCUAGCAUCACUGGAUGUCAGCAAACAACAGACAGACAAGAAACACGAAGAGCCAGACAACUCUAUGCUCGCAUGGUUCACCGCCAUUGACAUCAAAUAUCAGAUUUGGAAAUUCGGAGUUGUGUUUACUGACAACACUUUCCUCUACCUGGUGUGGUACACCGUGAUGUCACUUCUGGGACAUUACAACCACUUCUUUUUUGCCUGUCACCUGCUUGACAUUGCGAUGGGGGUCAAGACCCUGCGCACCAUUCUGUCCUCGGUCACGCACAACGGAAAACAGUUAAUGAUGACUGUGGGUUUGCUGGCCGUGGUUGUGUACCUCUACACUGUGGUGGCCUUCAACUUCUUCAGGAAGUUCUACAAUAAGAGCGAGGAUGAGGAUGAACCAGACAUGAAGUGUGACGACAUGAUGACGUGUUAUCUGUUCCACAUGUACGUGGGUGUGCGAGCAGGAGGAGGCAUAGGAGAUGAGAUCGAGGACCCAGCAGGGGACGAGUAUGAACUCUAUCGUGUGGUCUUCGACAUCACCUUCUUCUUCUUUGUCAUUGUCAUCCUGCUGGCCAUCAUUCAGGGUUUAAUCAUUGAUGCCUUUGGUGAACUGAGAGACCAGCAAGAACAAGUCAAAGAGGACAUGGAGACCAAGUGCUUUAUAUGUGGAAUAGGGAGUGAUUACUUUGAUACAACUCCACACGGCUUUGAGACCCAUACGCUUGAGGAACAUAACCUGGCCAAUUACAUGUUCUUCCUGAUGUAUUUAAUCAAUAAAGAUGAAACUGAGCACACUGGACAGGAGUCGUAUGUAUGGAAGCUGUACCAGGAGAGGUGCUGGGAUUUCUUUCCUGCUGGAGAUUGCUUUAGAAAACAAUAUGAAGAUCAACUUGGAUAAAUCCAAGAUAAUCUACAAACAUUUAAGCACGUUAACACACUUUCUCUCCCUUUAUUUUGUCCCCCAAUAAUACAAAGUUAAUUCAUCUGAUAUUAUAUAAGCACAUGAACAGAACGUCUGGGAGUUUUAUGAAUAUAAGUUUUGAAUUUAUAUUAUUCAUUUAAGUGUAGAUUAUUUUCUUUUACUGUAGAUAAAAGAACCAUAUUUAUGCAUUGUUUGCAUAAUAGUCAUGGAUUUUAUGUCAUGUAAAAGUAAAAAGGUUAUCGGCCCGAACAGAUUUUUUAUAAAAUCCUUUAAUGAACUAAAAUACUGUAGCUUGUGUGGUGAUUGAGACCAUAUUAGGGGAAAGGUGAUUACACAAUUUGAGAUUGUUCUAGUUUUACAGAAUACAAUAUAUAUUACACAAUA